CAGGGAACCUGUGAUGGAGGAAGUUGGCUGAAGUCCAAAAUGGGGGGCGAGGUAGGGGCCUAAGUCCUACCCCAAGCAAAACUUCUCACUGUCUCCUCCCUCCCUUGGGCAGGGCGGACCCAGGAGGCCUGAACAGCAUCUGCCCCCAGCCCCCUGUGGGGCCCUGGGGCCCCCUGAAUCCUCCAGGACGGAGCCAGACGAGGCCGGCACCAUGAACAAGUUAAGGCAGAGUCUGCGGCGGAGGAAGCCAGCCUAUGUGCCGGAGGCAUCGCGCCCACAUCAGUGGCAGGCAGAUGAGGAUGCUGUGCGCAAGGGCACGUGCAGCUUCCCAGUCCGGUACCUGGGCCACGUGGAGGUAGAGGAGUCCCGGGGGAUGCAUGUGUGUGAAGAUGCUGUGAAGAAGCUGAAGGCGAUGGGCCGGAAGUCUGUGAAGUCAGUCCUGUGGGUGUCAGCUGAUGGGCUUCGCGUGGUGGAUGACAAGACUAAGGACCUCCUGGUAGACCAGACCAUCGAAAAGGUCUCCUUCUGUGCUCCUGACCGCAACCUGGACAAGGCCUUCUCCUACAUCUGUCGAGAUGGGACCACGCGCCGCUGGAUCUGCCACUGUUUCCUGGCCCUGAAGGACUCUGGCGAGAGGCUGAGCCAUGCUGUGGGUUGUGCUUUUGCCGCCUGCCUGGAGCGGAAACAGCGACGGGAGAAGGAAUGUGGGGUCACAGCCGCCUUUGAUGCCAGCCGCACCAGCUUCGCCCGUGAGGGCUCCUUCCGCCUGUCAGGGGGUGGACGGCCAGCUGAGCGAGAGGCCCCGGACAAAAAGAAAGCAGAGGCAGCAGCUGCCCCCACUGUGGCUCCCGGCCCUGCCCAGCCUGGGCAUGUGUCCCCCACACCAGCCACCACGUCACCUGGUGAGAAGGGUGAGGCAGGCACCCCAGUGGCUGCAGGCACCACAGCGGCUGCCAUCCCCCGGCGCCAUGCCCCUCUGGAGCAGCUGGUUCGCCAAGGCUCUUUCCGUGGAUUCCCUGCCCUCAGCCAGAAAAACUCGCCUUUCAAACGGCAACUGAGCCUACGACUGAAUGAGCUGCCAUCCACACUGCAGCGCCGCACUGACUUCCAGGUGAAGGGCACAGUGCCUGAGAUGGAGCCUUCUGGCACCAACGACAGCGAUGGCAUCAAUGCUCUGUGCACACAGAUCAGCUCAUCUUUCGCCAGUGCCGGCGCACCUGCUCCAGGGCCACCAUCUGCCACGACAGGGACGUCUGCCUGGGGUGAGCCCUCUGUGCCCCCUGCUGCCUUCCAGCCUGGGCACAAGCGGACACCUUCAGAGGCUGAGCGAUGGCUGGAGGAGGUAUCCCAGGUGGCCAAAGCCCAGCAGCAGCAGCAGCAGCAGCAACAGCAGCAGCAGCAGCAGCAGCAGCAGCAAGCAUCCUCGGUGCCCCCAGUGCCCACCAUGCCUCCUGCCCUGCAGCCCUUCCCUGCUCCAGUGGGGCCCUUUGACACAGCACCUGCCCAGGUGGCAGUGUUCCUGCCACCCCCGCACAUGCAGCCCCCUUUCAUGCCCCCAUAUCCAGGCUUGGGCUAUCCUCCCAUGCCACGGGUGCCCGUGGUGGGCAUCACACCCUCACAGAUGGUGGCCAAUGCCUUCUGCUCAGCUGCCCAGCUCCAGCCCCAGCCCGCCACCCUUCUUGGGAAAGCUGGGGCCUUCCUUCCCCCUGCUGCACCCAGUGCCCCUGGGGUUCAGGCCCGCCCACGCCCCAAUGGAGCUCCCUGGCCGCCAGAGCCGGCUCCUGCCCCAGCUCCUGAGUUGGACCCCUUUGAGGCCCAAUGGGCUGCGCUAGAAGGCAAACCCGCUGUAGAGAAACCUUCUAACCCCUUCUCUGGUGACCUGCAGAAGACCUUUGAGAUUGAACUGUAGCCCAAGCCGCCCUGCCUACCCCAUCAUCUCCAGGUGCCCACACCUGAGGCACAACCUCUGCCCUAGUCCUGCUCCUUGGGGCUGUGCCCCUCAACGCUCCCUUUAACCUCUUUUCUCCACUAUCCCCCACAACCACUACAGAACCAACAUUGUAAUGCCCAGGUUGGGAUGGGAAGGAAUUCAGGGAUGGACCCAGCCUGGUUAAGGGAGCCAUUUCACUGCCAGACUUAGGUUGGCAAUUCCCCCUGCCCCUACUCCAGACAUGAGGGAUGGCCACAGUCCCACCAAAUGCCCUUGGUUCAAGCUACAUUUCCCAGUUUCUGUUGUUGAUCUUCCAACCUUCCAGUGUUGGGCAGGAUGGAGGAGGGAUGCCCACUUAGGCCCCCCCAGGCCCCACAUGUGUGCCCGCCUGAGUCUGGCCGUCUCCUACCCCAUACACAGCACAAGCCAAGGGCUUCCCUCUGCCCACCCGCUGCGUUCACUGCCAAUGCUGUGCUCGCCCCCACUGUCCCUGCUCCCACACGGGGGGCCCACUUCGUCCUUGGGCCAAGGUCUCAUGGGGGCAGGGGCCCCAUGGGGCUCAGGAGGUGGGGAGGGGGGAGGGAAAGAAGAUGCUCAGUUACCUCACGGUGCCCGCCGGGAAAUGGUCCGGGCCGAAGGGGAAGGGGUGCCUGGCGGGUACUUUUCUAUCUUUUAUUUCCAGAUUUUUUUUGUAUCUAAACUUGCAGAUUUGUAUUAUACAAGGAUAGCCAAUAAAGGAAGAAUAUAAUGGUG